GCCUGGUGCCUGCUCCCUUGGAGAAGCUGGGCCCUGGGAGGGCGGAGUGCCAGCCGCCCCUGGUCCGCAGAUAAGGAGCCCCAUGGAGGCGCCGGGACCCUUGGAACCCUCGGGCUUCCUGCCCUCCUCCUCCUACGCCCCUGGCCUGCCUCACCUUCUCCUGGGAAGUCUUUGAGAAUUCCAGUGCAUUGCCUUCUUCCCACUCUGCUCAGAGCCUGUGGUCCACUACCUCAACUAUCUGUUUGCUGCUUUGGAUUGGGUAUUCUGUCCCUACAACUAGACGGGAACUGCUGCAGCAAGUAACGUGUGUGCAGCCCACGCUCUACCCUCCUGACAGUGGACACCCUAAGUUGCUGUGAGAGUUAUAUGAUCUAAUAACUGUGAAGCUCAUGCAGUUUCUCAUAAAGAAGUUCAACUGGCAGAUGAAGGUGUAAUCCUGGCACCCCAGGCCCCUGGUCUCCUCCGGAAUGAAGGUCAUUGCUGUUCUCAUUGUCUCCAUCUCCUGCUGGACGGCCCCCACCCUCAGCAGCUUCUGGCAGUUCCAAAGGAUGGUCAAGCACAUCACCGGGCGGAGUGCCUUCUUUUCCUAUUACGGAUAUGGCUGUUACUGUGGGCUCGGGGGCAAAGGGAUCCCUGUGGAUGCCACAGACAGGUGCUGCUUGGCACAUGACUGCUGCUAUAAGGAACUCAAGGUGCUAGGCUGCCAGCCGCUGCUGAACAAUUACCAGUUCCACAUCAUCAAUGGGACGGUGGCCUGUGGAUGCACCCCAAGUCCUGGUGGCAGCUGCCUCUGCCAGGUGAAGGCCUGCGAGUGUGACAGGCAGUCCGUGUACUGCUUCAGAGAGAGCCUGCCCACCUAUGAGAAAAACUUCAAGCAGUUCUUCCCCAGCCGGCCCCAGUGUGGCAGGCGCAAACACCAGUGCUAGAGAGGCCAGGGGCCUCUUGUCAAGUGGCCUCUGCUCUGGAAAGCUCUCUUGGGCCAGCUCUGACAGGCCCCGCAGUUCACCCUUCAGCACUGUGGCCUGUGGUGUAUCUUCUCACUUGGCACCCAAGGACCGGAGGUUAGGAAUGAAGAUGAGAAACCCUGGAGAUGGACCAUAGGUCUCUACUAAGUAAGUGACACAUUCCAGCAGAAGUAAGUUCAGAGAGAUGGUCCCAGCCCCCUCCUAGGAAGGUUCCAUGAGGGAAAAGCCCAGGAUCUAGCCUAAAACUCUCUUCCACCUCCAUCCAAGGCAGGAUGCAAGGCCAACUGGGGAGCCAGGCCCUCAACCCAGGUCUGGCCUGGGAACAAAGCAGGGAUCCCAGGGUUACACCUCAAGACUCCCUGUCAUUUGCUGGAGUUCUGCCCUCUGUAAACCCUUGGCAGGAGCAACUGAUGCAGGUCUCAUGUCUCAGGAGACAAGCAUGCUAAUACCCCCUCCUGUCAGGUGGGUGUCAUGGCCAGGAAGACAUUGUGAAACAAGGAGGAGGGGGCAUAGAUGAGUCAGUCAAAGGUGUCCCAAAUUCCAAAUGUGAUUCAGAAGUGUCUGGUUCUGUUUAAUAAACAUGGAAGUAGCUUAA